AUGGGAGUAACCAUUGCCAUGCUUAGGUGGACCCCCCAAUUCCGAAUCAUCAGCGCCCUGGCGCGAUCUCUCGUGGGCGUCUACAGCCAUGACGACAGGGCUAUCAGCAGCAACGUCCAUAUCACUACUCACGCCUGCCGUGUCUCUUGGAGCACAGCUCUCCCAUGCCAGGUCGCAGUCGUCAAGCCCAGCUCCCGCCAGUACUACUCCAAUAACCCCGUGGAAAUCCCCAAGUGGCGCUGCCCCUCCACUUCCGCAGCCAGGACAGUCUCAGCCUCAGCCUCAGCCGACCAGGGCUCCAGGGCGGUGGUGGCGGUGUCCUCCCUCGCCUGCUCAGACAGCCCUCCCCAACUGCCUGCUCCCCCGGCAACGCGACCAACAGCGGCAGAUGAGGGGGAAGAACCUGCAGUGGGCAGUGGCGGAGGCAAUGGCGGUGGCGGCAGUAGCACGGAUGGUGCCAGAGCUGGGGGCCGUGGUGGGGGCCCCAGGGCCUCCAACAGCAGGCUUGAAAAGCCCGGAGGCGGUCCAGCAGUAGCAGUAGCAGGUGGUGAGGGCGCAACUUCCGCGUUCACGGGCUCUGUGAUGGCCUCCUGCCUGGCUGCCCCGGGGGCUGCUCGCGCGGUGCAGCGCACCCCGGCCCAGUGCCGUCAGCUCUACGCGCCCUUCCUGGUCCGUCCGGAUUACUCGAGGGGGGGGCCGCUGGGGGUGGCCCGACUGCCGCGGCUCGAGCACACGUGCAGCUCGUGCUUCCCCGCGUGUGUCAACGGCAGCUGCACCUUGAGAGUGGAGGUGGUGUACCCCAAGGGAGGUCCCGAGCUGGGACUGGGCCCGCCCUUCCCACUGGCAGUGUUCUCAGCGGGCUUCCUGCUAGGGAGCGAGUCGUACAUGUCGUACGCGGAGCGCUUGGCCAGCUGGGGGUACGCCGUACUAAUGUACGACCGCAACGAAACGGUUGCUUCUCUCCUGGACGACGCUGCAUGUGUACGGUUGUUGGUGGAGCUGAUGGACUGGGCGAGUACGGACCCGUUGAUGCGACGACUAGCUGAUCCGGAUGCCGGGGUGUACAUGGUGGGGCACUCCAGGGGCGGCAAGCUGGCGGCCCUGGCGGGUGCGGAGGACGCCAGGGUGGCGGCGCUGUGCCUCAUAGACCCCGUGGACAACACCGUGUAUGCGCCACUGGCGCCGGGUUUCCCCUCAGCCCUGGCUGCCCUACGUAACAUGCCGCGGGAGAGGCCCCUGCCCCUGGCGGCUGUGGGAGGAGGCCUGGGAGGGGACUGUGCACCGCGCCAGGCCAACUACCGGCGUUUCUUCGCGGCUUCCACAGCCCCCAGUUGGGAGGUGGCCAUCCCGGAAGCAGGUCACUUUCAGUUCCUGGACUCCCUGUCGGGACUGCAACGGGCCCUAUGUCCCGCGGGGGAGGUAUCCGAUGCGGCUGUGCGGGCAGUGGGGAUGGCGGUCAUGGUGGCGUGGGGCGAGAGCAUCAUUCGGCACAGGGGUGCGGACAUCUUCCACAUGCCAGUGCCGUACCCCUUCGCCUGCCAGCAGCAGCAGCAGCAGCUGGCACGCCCCUCACCUUCCGCAGGACAGUUCUCCACGCCUCCGGACCCACCCCUCCGCCCGCUGCAGCUGUCCAACUUGGCCGAGCUGCAGCAGCGACAGGGGCUCAGAGGCCAAGCAUCCCUGGCCCAGGCGGCCUAUGCGGCGGCGGCAGUACGGCAACAGGAGCCACUCCUGACGGAGCUACAGCCGCAACGGGAGCAGGAUAGCACAGAGCGGGAUGAUGAUGAUGUUGGCGUCACAGGCCCCCUGGAGCGAUUCCGAGACCAGGACUCUGCGUUUGACUCCACGGAUCGGGACCGGGAGACUUCCAGGGUCGCAUCGGGGGCUGCGUGGUCAUCGGCGAGCGGCAGUGGCGGCGGAGGGCUGGUCGGGGGAAUGGAGGGGGGCCAGGAGCUGGCAGAUGCGGCAGGGGACGCCGUGUCCAGAGCUGUUCAGCCUGCAGGUAUGUCCAUGCCUCCCGCGGAAGCAGCCGCAUCUUCACGUAUUCGACCGGGUAUGGACCGGAGGCAGCUGCCCAGUGGCCCAGGCACCGCAGGUGAUGGUGACGCUGGAGACCGGGCUGCUUCGCAGCUGCCGGUGGCGGCGGGUGCGGGUCGUGUAGUUGUCGUACAGGAUGCUCUCCGAGUGGGCCUAGACCGUAUGGUAACGCGGCUUCAGUACGAAACGGGCCUCCACCUGGAGACGCGGUACAAGAACUUCGAUUCUGAUUCUGAUGAAGGUAGCGAUCAAAUUACUUAUGACGAGUUUUUGUAUGUCUACUUGAUGACAAGCAUAGCCGGAAUACAACGGACGUGA